AUGGAAAUGCCGUGACGUCACCAGUAAUAAGCCAAUCGUGGCGAGGGGGAGGAGCUUUGAUCGGGCCUACUCUCUUCUAGGCUUAGCAGCAGGGUCAGCUUGUACCACACGUGGAAGUGUAGCCGGAGGAAAGCACAGACAGCACCAUGACAGAGCAGGAUGUUGAGAACGAAUUAUUGGACUAUGAAGAAGAUGACGAGCCCCAGGCACCCGCCGAGGCCCCCGCACCGGCCGGCAGAAAGGAGGUGAAAGGCUCUUAUGUGUCCAUCCACAGCUCCGGGUUUAGAGACUUCUUGUUAAAGCCUGAACUGCUGCGAGCCAUUGUGGACUGCGGUUUUGAGCACCCCUCUGAAGUUCAGCACGAAUGUAUUCCUCAGGCCAUUCUCGGUAUGGACAUCUUGUGCCAAGCAAAAUCCGGUAUGGGGAAGACGGCUGUCUUUGUGCUGGCCACUCUCCAGCAGAUUGAGGCGGUUGAAGGACAAGUGUCGGUUCUGGUGAUGUGCCACACACGAGAGCUGGCGUUUCAGAUCAGCAAGGAGUACGAGAGAUUCUCCAAGUACAUGCCUGCAGUGAAGGUUGCUGUUUUCUUCGGUGGACUUGCCAUAAAGAAGGACGAAGAUACAAUACGCAAAAGUUGCCCUCACAUUGUGGUCGGGACUCCAGGUCGUAUCUUGGCUCUUGUAAGACAGAAAACCCUCAGCUUGAAGAACGUCAAACACUUUGUUCUGGAUGAAUGUGACAAGAUGCUGGAGCAGUUGGAUAUGCGUAGAGAUGUGCAGGAGAUAUUCCGUCUGACCCCGCAUGAAAAGCAAUGCAUGAUGUUCAGUGCGACUCUCAGCAAGGAGAUCCGACCAGUCUGCAGAAAGUUCAUGCAGGAUCCUAUGGAGGUGUUUGUGGAUGAUGAAACAAAGCUGACCCUUCAUGGUCUGCAGCAAUAUUACGUCAAGCUGAAGGACAGCGAAAAGAACCGCAAAUUGUUUGACCUGUUGGAUGUGCUGGAGUUUAACCAGGUGGUGAUUUUUGUUAAAUCUGUGCAGAGGUGUGUGGCACUGGCACAACUCCUGGUAGAACAGAACUUCCCAGCAAUUGCCAUUCACAGGGGAAUGCAGCAAGAAGAGAGGCUCUCCCGAUAUCAACAGUUUAAGGAUUUCCAGAGAAGAAUCCUGGUAGCUACUAACUUAUUCGGACGCGGUAUGGACAUUGAAAGAGUUAAUAUUGUCUUUAAUUAUGACAUGCCUGAGGACUCGGACACCUACUUACACAGGGUGGCUCGUGCGGGUCGAUUUGGCACCAAAGGUCUGGCUGUGACUUUUGUGUCUGACGAGGAAGAUGCCAAAAUUCUCAAUGAUGUCCAAGACCGAUUUGAAGUCAAUGUGGGAGAAUUGCCUGAUGAGAUAGACAUAUCCACUUACAUUGAACAGUCUCGAUAACCCUGCCCUCCGUUCUCCAGCAUUUCUCCUGGCUGAUCUUGUGCUUUCUUAUGUGGUCGCACCACCCGUGCGGGGAAAGAUUCUUCUGAUUUUACAUUGUUGUUUGGAAUUUUUUUUUUUUUUUUUUUUUUUUAAUUCAUGGCUUUUGUGUAAAGAAGGGAAAAAAUUAAAAACUUUUUUAUGGUUUG